AGAAUCCCUCUUUUCCCAAUCCCCUCUAUAUAAACCGCAAUUAUCCGAUCUUCCAACCGCUCGAAACAAUUCAUUCCAACAAAAAUCAAUCAAUCAAUUAAUCAGCCAAUCAAAACCGUUUAAUUUGAGCGGAAGCAAACGUUAAAUCAGUAGAGAGAGAGAUGUGCCUGGUGUUCGUGUGCGACGAAGAUGAGAGGGUGAUUGGGCGGCAGGCGGCGCCCGGAGCGUGUCCUUACUGCGGCGGAAUGGUGCAGGCUUUGGAUGUGCAGAGCAACUGGAGAUUCUGCUUCGUGCCGCUCUAUUUCAAAACCAAGCGCAAAUUAUACUGCUCAAUCUGUUCAAGGCGUUUGGUCGCCCAAUAACCAAUUCCUCUUCAUUUUUCCUUUUUCUUUUGUCACUUAUAACUUAUACUACCGGUUUCCUUUAGGACUGAGGAUUUUUUAUGAAGUUAGGACUGUAUGGAUAUUGUAUAUAUAUAAUUGUAUGGAUAUUGUAAGAUUAUUGUUAUACUUAUAUUUUAUGUAAUUAUGUUUUUUUACAAA